GAUAAUAUUUGUCUUAACACCAAAACUACCACAUCCACUGAGGCAGCUGCAGGGGGAAUACUGGCAACACUGGAAUUACUGGAAUACUGAAAAUUGCAUUUCAACCUGCUGCUGAUUCCAGACAGUGAACUGGGCGAGGUAGAACUCAAAGUGAAAGUAACUUUCUUGACCAACUGCCUUUUGUUUCUGCUUGCUGUGUUUUAAGCUUUGCUGUGAGACAAAAUGUCUGUCAGAAGAGAGAAUGAUCUCUCCUGUGUUAUCUGCCAUGACAUCUUCAAAAAUCCUGUUGUCCUGUCAUGUAGCCACAGCUUCUGUAAAGAAUGUCUGCAGAAAUGGUGGAAGGGGAAACCAACAUGUGAGUGUCCGUGCUGUAAGAGAAGAUCCUCAAAGAGUGAUCCACCUCGUAACCUGGCAUUAAUGAACCUGUGUGAGGCCUUCUUAGUGGAGAGAGAUCAAGGAGCUUCAGCAGAGUCUGAGACUCUCUGCAGUCUGCACUCUGAGAAACUCAAACUCUUCUGUCUGGACCAUCAGCAGCUGGUGUGUAUCCUCUGCAGAGAUUCAAAGAGACACAACAACCACAGAUUCAGACCCAUCGAUGAAGCUGCACAGGAGCACAAAGAGGAGCUGCAGAAAUCCCUGAAGACCUUACAGGAGAAGCUGAAGCUGUUUGAACAAGUUAAAGGAAACUGUGACCACACAGCACAACACAUUAAGGUCCAGGCCCUACACACAGAGAGGCUGAUUAAGGAGCAGUUUAGGAAACUUCACCAGUUUCUACGAGAUGAAGAGGAGGCCAGGAUCUCUGCUUUGAGGGAUGAAGAGGGGCAGAAGAGUCACAUGAUGAAGGAGAAGAUUGAGGCUCUGAACACAGAGAUAGCCGCUCUUUCAGACACAAUCAGAGCCACAGAGGAGGAGCUGAGAGCUGAAGACGUCUCAUUCCUGCAGAACUACAAGGCUGCAGUGGACAGAGUCCAGCAGUGCCCCCUGCUGGAUGAUCCACAGCUGCCCUCAGGAGCUCUGAUAGAUGAGGCCAAACAUCUGGGCAACCUGACCUUCAUCAUCUGGAACAAGAUGAAGAAGAUGGUCUCUUACACUCCUGUGAUUCUGGAUCCAAACACAGCGGACCCAGAACUUUUCGUCUCUGAAGAUCUGACCAAUGUGAGAUCUGGAGAGCGACGACAGCUUCCAAAAAACCCGGAAAGGACCAAAUUCACCUGUUCCAUCCUCGGCUCUGAAGGAUUUAACUCUGGGACUCACAGUUGGGACGUUGAGGUUGGGGACAACAAGGACUGGGAACUGGGCAUGUUGGCAGAAUACAUCCAGAUGAAGGGACGCCUACAGUCUGGAUUGUGGAGAAUUUUGUUCUCUGAUGGAAAACUCACAGUGUUCUCCUCACUAGAUCAAGAAAAAGAUCUGCCACUGAAAAAGAAGCUCCAGAGGGUCAGAGUUUAUCUGGACUUUGAGAUAGGAAAACUGUCAUUCUCUGAUCUUGAUACUAACACACACAUACACACCUUCACACACACCUUCACUGACACCCUGUUUCCGUACAUUUACACUGAGAACCACCUCCCACUGAAGAUUUUACCAGUGACGGUCUCUGUGACGGUGGAAAAGCGCAGUUAAAGAUUUCUAUGAUAGGGUUGGGCAGUAAGACAAUAUGUACCGUGACUUUACAUUUGUCAGCAGUCAUUUCUGUUGACUGUUCACCAAGGUAUCUUAUUAAUAUGUCUGGUUUUAUUGGGCCACUUGAGCAACACUGGGUGCAGGCUGUUUAGGGCAAUGUUGGAUUUACAGGUUUAUUGCAUCAAUGUGAAGAAGUACUCUGCUUUUAUUUAUGCAAGUUAUUAUAUUGGCUUCUUCCUCGCAUAUUACGAUGGUAAAAAAAAGUACAAGGAUGGCAGGAUAUAUAAAGAAUGGUGUGCUAUGACUUUGAGUAGUAAUGUGGAUUUUUUUUUCUUUCUAUAAAGACUGGGAGGUCCUUUGCGAGACAUGAUCAAACAUGUACACGUUGUGGUAUACAAAUGGUGAGUCACUGCAGAAUAUUUGCAUUGAAGAUGUUAAAUGUGCAUUUCUAAAACAAGUCUUUCCUCAACUCCCUUAACAUUGUUUUCACUUGAAAUAAUCACCAGCAUCAGAAACUUGUAGGAGAAAACACAAGCAGGCCAAGCUGACAAAUAUCACUUUGUGUCAUCUCAUGGUAUCUCUGUAGCUGCUGCCCCUUGACGUACAUUUUAAAAUCAGGCUUAACAACAUACCAACUACAGGGCUUAUCACUGUGUGCAAGACAGCUAACACAUUUGUUACCAGUUAGAAAGCGGCAUUGCAGGCACAUUUGUUAAUGCCUUAAACCUGCAAACAUUUGAUUUCAGAAAUGUUUAAGCUGUGUUCAGGCUUUCCCACGCAUUAAUCAAUUGGUGGUGCAACACUACUACAUCUGCAUUUGCUGCCACAUUUUAGAUUUUUUUGGAGCUGCAUUUCUCUCUUUCAUUUUCUCAUGGCAAAGCUUAUUCUGGGCACAGAUGGAGCAGCAGAGCUCCAAGGGCAGUGAAACUGAAACUUCACUGUUCGUUAAUUCAUAUUGUAUAGUUUAGUGUUGUCUAUCGUUUUUCAAAACAACUUAAGACUAAACCUGUGUUCCAAUAGAAACCGUACACCCCUUGAUCCAGCGCUGGGUAUAACCAGUAUGGGAUUGCAGUCACUCGCCUCUGCAGCAGUUGCUCCUCAAAUCCAACUACUCAAUCUGAUCAACUCUGAGCGAUCCGACAACAAAUUGAUUGAGAGGAAAUCUUGUGUGAUGAUCAAAAAGUUUGUUUCUUAACUCUUCACCCUGCAGCUCAAAUUCAACAAAACUGCUGCUGAGGAAAAAGUAAACUCAUGAAGACUUCUGCCUAUGCUGCAUUCAGGGACCCACAAAAAUCUGUGAAGUCAGAGAGGGGAUACAGAAUGAUCACAGACACACACACACACACACACACACACAACCCCCCCAAAAAAACAGAACAUUUGCCGAUCCAGCAUACCUCAAUCCUUUAUGAGCCAUUUUCAAUGAAAUUCUUCUUUAUGAUUAACAAAAUAAGCUAAACUUAUUGAAUGCAUUGAUGAAGCAACAUCACUCAUAAGCAAGUAAUACUACUGGGACUCUACAGAGCUGAUCCUGAUGAUGACGAAGAUUUUAGCAUGAUGACGAGACUGAUGGAGGUGUUAUUAAGUGUACAGUGGUGGUGGAUGUAUUAUAAUCAAAUUGUUGAUAAUGUUGAUUUUGAAAACAUUGAUUUUCAUAAUAUGUUUGGCAGUAAUGACAGUGAUGAAGCUGUGAUGAUGUAAGAUACCAUGACACUGGAUAUUUACUUUCUUUGUGUGAUGUAAUGCCUUUUGUGAGAUCACUGGAAUAUCAGUUAAUGAGAUGAAUUUUACAGAACAGGCAGAAGGGUGGUAUGACUUCAGUAUCUGUGUUACGCUAUGUUACCGGUGUGAAUGUCAACAAAAUGAAUUAAAUGAAAUUGACUAAUUAAUGUCUGUAGCAGACACCAAAUCAAUAACUUGUGUUUUUAUUGAGAUUAUUCUGAUUGUGGAACCAAUAAAAAUUACGUGGAAAGUUU